GCACCACCCGAACCCUCGCAAACUCGCACAAACUCGCGUGCGUUUCAGCCAAAAACACACCGCGCGCGCGUGCACGCCCGCUCUCGGUUUUCUUGGAGGACGCGACGCGACGCGCGGCGGCUCAGGCUUCGGUUGAUCAUGGGCUCGUCCACGACGCGGCGCGCGAUUCUCGCGGCUCUCGCCGUGCUCGCGGCCGUCUUCCUUGCGGGCGCGAGCGUUGCUGGCGCCGCGAGGCCGGCGCCGACGACGGCAGCGCGGAGUGGUGCAAGUGGCGGGGAGGCCGCGGCCGCGGCCGCGCACCUGGCGAUGUACUCGGAGGUGGUGGAGAAGGCGAGAGAGACGGUGGAGAUGUUCAUGGCGAGGCUGCCGGCCGGGCCCAGCCCCAAGGGACCCGGGCACUAGCCAAGCUAGCCUGGAUACAUUGGUUAUUGGACCAGUAUGUGGGUUAAUUCGUUUAGACAUUGACUACAGAAAAAUGAUUAGUGAGUGCAGAUGCAUGUAUUGGGUGUUGUUGUUUAUGAUGGUAAUAUACCUACUAAUUGUAUAUAUUCUGCUGAGGCAUGUACUUGAUUACAUGAUUCUUUCAUACUUCCAUUUGGGAAAAUGCUACA